CACCCUAUCCGAGGAGCCUGCAUCGGUUGUCUGCAAAAGCCCAAGACUCUUCAGCCCACUGUGGCUCUCUGAGCCCAUCAGAACAAAAGAAGAAAGGGAGCCGCCUCCUUCCUGUUACUAGUCCUGACCACUGUCUGCUCCUGCCUAGGAAAGUCCUAGAGGAAGAGGCCAAAGAAACAGCCUUGCCCUCGCUCUCCAAAGCCACCUAACCCUAUCCACUCAGCAUCAGCCUCUGGAGAUCCCAUGGCCCUGGCUCACUGGGGCUGCUGCCCCUGGCUUAUCCUCCUCUGUGCUUAUGCCUGGAGUCACCCAAAGCCUGUGAACCUUGGAAGAAAGGAUGUGAGAAACUGUUCAACCAACCCUCCGCACCUUCCAGUUACUGUGGUCAAUACUACAGCACGACUCACAGCCCUCCGCCAGCAGAUACAGGCCUGGAACCUCUCUGCCUACAUCAUCCCAGACACGGAUGCACACAUGAAUGAAUACAUUGGCAGACAUGAUGAGAGGCGUGCAUGGAUGACAGGCUUCACAGGAACUGCAGGUAUUGCUGUGGUGACCAUGAGGAAGGCAGGUGUCUGGACUGACAGUCGGUACUGGACUCAGGCAGAGAGACAGAUGGACUGCAACUGGGAACUCCAUAAAGAAGUGAGUUCUAAUUCCAUUACCACUUGGCUUGCUGCUGAAAUUCCUACUGGAGGGCGUGUGGGUGUGGAUCCCUUCCUCUUCUCGGUUGCUACCUGGAUGGUUUAUGACCUGGCCCUUCAAAAAGUCAACAGAGAACUGGUAUCCAUUACCACCAACCUUGUGGACCUGGUGUGGGGCUCUGAGAGGCCACCAGUGCCAAGCGAACCCAUUUAUGCCCUGCAGGAGGAAUUCAUAGGGAGCACUUGGCAGGAGAAAGUAUCUGACAUCCGAAGUCAGAUGCAGAAGCAUAGCAUAGCUCCAACUGCUGUUCUUCUGUCAGCGCUUGAUGAGACAGCCUGGCUUUUCAACCUUCGCAGCCGUGACAUCCCCUUCAACCCCUUCUUCUAUUCCUACACUCUGCUCACAAACUCUUCCAUCAGGUUAUUUGCAAACAAGAGCCGUUUUAGUCCUGAGACCCUGCAGUACCUGAACUCAAAUUGCACAGAAUCCAUGUGUGUGCAAAUUGAGGACUACAGUCAAGUUCGAGACAGUGUCCAGGCCUACACCGUAGGAAAUGUGAAGGUCUGGAUUGGGACCAAAUAUACCACACAUGGGCUUUAUGAAGUGAUACCCAAGGAGAAAGUCCAGACAGAUGACUACUCCCCAGUGAUGAUGGCCAAGGCAAUGAAGAACAGCAAGGAGCAGACCCUCCUCAAGUCCAGCCAUGUGCGGGAUGCUGUGGCUGUGAUUCGGUACUUGGUGUGGCUGGAGAAGAACGUGCCAAAAGGCACUGUGGAUGAGUUCUCUGGGGCACAGCUCUUGGACAAGUUUCGAGGAGAAGAAGACUUUUCCUCUGGACCCAGUUUCCAAACCAUUUCUGCGAGUGGCCUGAAUGCUGCCCUAGCCCACUACAGCCCAACCCAGGAGCUGCAUCGCAAGCUGUCCUCAGAUGAAAUGUACCUGGUGGAUUCUGGGGGACAAUACUGGGAUGGAACCACAGACAUCACCAGAACAAUUCACUGGGGCACCCCCUCCACCUUCCAAAAGGAGGCAUAUACCCGUGUGUUGAUGGGAAACAUGGAUCUGUUUAGACUUGUCUUUCCUGCUGGGACAUCAGGGAGAAUGGUGGAAGCAUUUGCCCGCAAAGCCUUGUGGAGUAUUGGGCUCAAUUAUGGUCAUGGGACAGGCCAUGGCAUUGGCAAUUUCCUGUGUGUACAUGAAUGGCCAGUGGGAUUCCAAUCUGACAACAUUCCUAUGGCCAAGGGCAUGUUCACAUCCAUUGAACCUGGCUACUAUCAGGAUGGAGAAUUUGGGAUUCGUCUUGAAGAUGUGGCCCUUGUGGUGGAAGCAAAGACCAAGUAUCCAGGAUCCUACCUGACCUUUGAAGUGGUGUCCUUUGUGCCCUAUGACCGGAACCUCAUCGAUGUCAGCCUGCUGUCCCCUGAUCAGCUCCAGUACCUGAAUCACUACCACCAGACCAUCCUGGAGAAGGUGGGCCCAGAGCUACAGCGUCGCCAACUGCUGGAGGAGUUGGCAUGGCUACAGCGGCACACAGAACCCUUGUCUGCCAGGGCCUCAAGCACAGCCUCCUUGGCCUCUGUGUGGGUUGCCUCUACUCUUGCCGUUCUUUGCUGGAAUAGCUAGCAACUCCCAAUUCCUCUGCUGAUCCCCCACCCACAUGUGGGCUCAAAGCUCCCCUCAGCCUCCUUCAGGACCAAACCCCAAGCAAUGCUUUCCCCUCUUCCAAGGCCUAUACACCUCACCCUAGAUUCCCAGUCCAACUUCCCAGGACAAUAGAGCUCACUGGUCAUCCCCUGCUCCCCCUGCUACAGCUGCUCCUCCUAUGCCAAAUAAAAGAACCAAAGCCAGUGCCCCUACUCUUAGGGCCCCAUGGCCCAGGAAGA